CGCGCGCACCCGUCCGCCAUUUCUCUCUGCAGUCGUACCCCGCGCGGCCUCCUCGCGCCAUGCAAUAACCGAACGCAUUACAUAAGAACAAUUGCCAAACAAUCACCAACAUCACCAGUGAUCAGUGUUAUAUAACCAAAUAACAUUGUUAAUAACCACGCGCCCAGUGAAAGUGAUACAAAUAAAUUGUGCAAAAGGACGCUCAAGUUAUCUCAGCCACAAGAAAUGAAACGCAGAAGGAGUCUGAGCUCAGGCGUCGCGUGACGUGUUAACCAGCCAUGCCUUCAGACGUCUCCACCAUGCGCUACAUACUAUUCUGCCUCCUGUCUCUGUCCUUCAACAGAAACUUCGCCUUCGUGCUCGACAAACAAAACCCCUACUCGCAAUUCCGUAAAUGGAACGCAGGAUUGAAUGGAACACUCGAAUUGGAGUUCAAAACUGACCAGCCAAACGGUCUAUUGUUGUAUACGGAUGACGGUGGGACUUACGACUUUUUUGAACUGAAGCUGGUUAAUGGAGCGUUGAGACUGAGGUAUAACUUGGGGGGAGGGGCGCAGAUCAUCACUGUUGGCAGCAACCUCAAUGACGGACAUUGGCAUAAAGUGCAGGUUGCACGUCGAGAUGAGCACACAUCUCUCACAGUGGACGGUAGCACGCAGAGCAAAACGUCUCGAGGCAAAGAGUUUAUCUUUGGCAAGUUCAACUCAAACUCCGAUGUGUUCGUCGGAGGAAUACCGCCAUCGUACAACUCAAAACUGACAACAUUAGCGCUCCCUUCAGUGAUAUUCGAGCCCAAGUUCCGAGGAUCAGUCCGUAAUCUGGUCUACUCCGACCUGCCUGGACAGCCGCCGCGGAGACAGGAGUUGAGGCAUUCCAGGGAUUUGAAGUGUGUUUAA